CACACUGAUUAGUGGGCGCAUGUUAAUUAGUUCUGUUUAUACCUGCACCAUAAAGGAUCCACGGGUCGUGUUUUUCCGGUAUAUUUUAGACGUAUACCGAGUUAAACUAGAAUGACUCUGUUAACAUCAGCGUGUCUCUGCGUGGCUCUGCUGUUCGUCUGUGUCGUGGAUUUGGCUUCCUCAGAGCAGAAAAUCAUCACAGCUGAGUCUGGACAGAACGUCACUCUGACAUGUCGAGCUCCACAAGGCAAACCCAUCAGAGCUGUGAAGUGGAGCAGAGCUGACCUGGGAGAUAAAUAUGUGCUUUUGUACCGAGAUGAGCUGUUUGAUCAAACAAAUCAGCAUCCAUCUUUUAAGAACCGGGUGGAUCUGCAGGACAGACAGAUGAAGGAUGGAGACGUGUCUUUGAUUCUGAAGGAUGUGACGAUUAAUGAUGCUGGAACAUACGAGUGUCGUGUCAUUGUGGGAGAAUCCGCAUCAUGGGAGAUCGUGGGAACCGUCAACAUGAGUGUUCUUCCUCCAGGUCACCAGGGAGACACGGAGGAUGGAGGGAUAAAGGAUAUCCCUGUUGGACUUAAAAUCGGUCUGUCAUUUAUUGGUGGGAUUGUUUCAGGUUUUCUUUUGUGUUGUUUUGGGAUCUUUCUUUGCAUUUACUGCAAUAAUGAUGCUGAGAUUCAGAGUCAGGAGCUAUAAGUCUCCUGACGACCAUCACAAGGUUUAAAAAACCCUAAAAUGAAAACACAGUUUAAAAACUGAUGUUUGUUGAAAACUCCUACAGAAGCACAUUAAACACAUUAAAUAUUUUUC